UCCCUUGGAGUGGCCUAUAAUUCUUUUAUAGUAUUCAAAAUGGCGAAGGAACCUUUGGUGAACAACUUUGAAGUACCAUCCUGGGCUGGUAAGCCUCCAUCAGGACUCCAUCUCGAUGUUCUCAAAGAAGGAAAAAUGAUUCAGAAAUUAAUGAUUGAUGAGAAAAAAUGCUACUUUUUUGGCCGCAACAAACAGCUGUGUGACUUCUGCAUUGACCAUGCUUCCUGUUCUCGUGUUCAUGCUGCUUUAGUGUGGCACAAACACCUCUCUAGACCUUUCAUCAUGGAUCUUGGCAGCACACAUGGUACUUUUAUUGGUCACAUACGGUUGGAAUCUAAAAAACCCCAGCAAGUUCCUGUUGACAGUGAAAUCCACUUUGGUGCCUCAACUCGUAUAUACAUUAUUAGAGAACGUCCACAGCCUGUUAGUAACCUUAGUGGUCCUGAAGAACUCGAAAAAAGGAAUGAUGACAUUGAGGGUGGACUUUUAGGUCUUCCAGAAUCAGAAACAGAACUCGAUAACUUAACAGAAUUCAACACAGCUCACAACCGGAGAAUAGCAUCACUUGUGGACAUACCUGACCACUCAGUACCAAAUCCUUUGAAAAGGAAGCGGAAAAGUGGUCAUGUUUUAUUCAGAGAUGAAGAUGAAAUAAUCAAUCCCGAGGAUAUUGACCCAAGUAUUGGUAAAUUCCGGAAUCUUGUGCAGACAACUAUUAUUCCUAGCAAGCGAAACAAAGUUGAAUCCAGCACAGGUUCUUCAAAUAUGGGAGUGGAACCGGUAAAACGCUCAGCUAAUUUUCCAUUCAAUGCUCCCAGUUUGUAUGGUGACCUUCCUCCAGGUGGCACCAGCGAUGGCCAAAGCGGCAUGGGAAGUUCCUACAGCAUAGCAGCCAAACUUGGCCUACCAAUUCCGAACUUGGCACCAAGUCUUGAAGAAGAAGAAACAGUGGUGCCAGUAGUGAAAGCAAACCCAGUUGUUAUCAAUCCCGAAGAGGCAGCCAAGGAACCAAAGAAGAAGAAAUAUGCAAAGGAAGCAUGGCCUGGCAAAAAGCCGUUGCCAACAUUGCUUGUGUAGAGACUAUAGUGUGUGCAUGUAUGUACGUAUGGCCUGUAAAAUAUAUGUGUCUGUUUUUGUUCCGUGUGUAAGUCUGUGUUGGUCUUAUGGACAAGACAGACAGACAGACAAACUGACAGGCUACUGCUAUUUUGGCACUGUGAGCUAUGUUGUUGUUGUUGUUGUUGUGGAGUGCUAUUCCUUGUAAUAUUCCUGCAGUAACUGCACCAGCUCCUACUGCUCCACAAACAGAACUCUGUGUGUGUGUGUGUGUGUGUGUGCUAGGCAAUAAGUGUUUGUGUGAGUGAGAGAGAUAGAGAAUGAAAUAGCUCACUUGGAACUGUUCCCUGAACCACUCUGUAACUGCUGCACCUGUUACUACUACUGCUACUACUACUACUACUACUACUACUACUACUACUACUACUACUUUUACUCUUGCUACUACCACCACUACUACUGUUACUGUUCCUACUAAUAUUACUACUACUAUUUACCAUUGUCAGUGAGCUUCUCUGAUACAGCCAAUUGUAUCAAUGAUACCA